AUGAAAAUAAAGCAGAGCUUAUUACCCAGACAAAUUGGGAGUUUGCACACCAUUCUGCUCUGCCAGCAGAGCUGCACGGCUGGGCUGGCAGCGGACAAUGCAGGGGAUAGAGGAAAUCCAAGGUACUUCCUACCUGCUCACAGCGCCGGCCGAUCAGCAACGUGUAGGCAUCGUCAUGUCGUGGCGGCGACUCUGCUACCGCACCGCGCCAUGUCUCCUCGCAAGUCGCAAAGGCUAGCGUCUGCCGCGUCCAUGAUUGCUCUACAGUCGGCAAGCGAUGAGAAUCAUUGCCAACUUGCCUCAGUAAACAGCCUACAUGCGCCGCGGCCGCCUGCUGCUCACACGCUCAACAUUGCCCAAGCAGACGGUUUCGGCGCCUUCUCGCCCGCCAUUCUGCCCUCUCCAAAGGUUCAGGAUCCAGUGCCGCCUGCCAAAGCCCAAGACCCAGAGUACUUCAAGGAUGCUUUAGCUGCAACGACUCAAAGCCAAAGGCCAUCUUGGAAUGCUAUACGUCGAUACUACUCUGAAGCCAACUCGUUCCCGGACUAUGGGCCAGCGCAACCCGACAUGGGGCCUGAGAGACUUAGACAGAUGAACCAGUCGUGGGGAUCAGUCAACACUUUGACCAAAAGUGGCAACAAGCGAGAAUUUCCUGAAUCUCCACGCGCACCGAAUCAAACCUUGGCUAAACGACAAAGGAUAGAGGUUCCUCUGAAAGACACUUUCUCCCCCGAACCAACGCACCAAACGUCGCCACCAAGCUCAAGAUCAACAUUCACCAGUCGCAGACAUGCCACACGUGCUAACUCCGUUCGCGCAUCGAAUGCGAAGCUCGACAUCUUAGUUGGCAUAGACGACCCUCACCCCGGCCCAUCCAAUGUCACUUCUGAUAUUGCUCCUAGACCCGGUGGUCGGAAGCGGCACUCCGCCAACGUAUACUCGCCGGCAGUCUCCAAGAAGACAGCAAAACAUCAUAGGGCCCCGACAGAAUUUGACGAAAUUGAAACAUCCGAGGACGAGCUGCAAUCCAAUCACUCAACCUUUUCAUCCAAUAUUCGGCAGACAAACUUCUCACAAAUAAAAUGCUCCCCUCGGUCACGGCCACGCAUGCGUGGCGACAUAACCCCGACUAAAUUCCGAGGAAAUGCGCCAGGGGAGUUCAAAAAGCAUCCUAUGGCCAUAUUGAAGGCUGUUUCGGGAAAGGAGAUGUACGAUUCACCACAAAACAGCCACCAUUCCCUCUCUUUGCAUCGCUCCCCAAGCAAGCCCUCCUUUCUAGAAGCAUGGUCCGACGGAAAGCCGGAUGAAGAGCAUCAAUGGGUUUCAUUCGAUGUAAAAGAUGUUAGCAACCUUCGCUACGGUGGAUGCUACCUAAGCUUCCGACGAUCCAUGAUCCGCGGUCGGCCGCCGACAAUAACGCUGCAAUUUGCAAGCGCAGAAGGCGCUGCUCAGGUUGCCAGAAUGAUCGAUGUGUGUGCUGCUGAAGGCUUUACCAGAGAGGAAAUGAAGCGAAUGCUUGACAUUGCUUGGAAAAAUGCGGUGCAAAGCUCGCGUCACGUCAGACACGAUGAUGCAGAGGCUCAACGUGUGCCUGUGUCGCAUGGGUGGCGCUACGACGACGCUCAAAUACACCCCGAGGCACAAGAAGGUGGCUCAAAAAGACUUAAAAACAAAAUGACAACUCGGCCAGACCAUCUCGACGAACCAAGACGCUCCGCAUCGCCAGUCCGGCGAGCCGGUAUGGAAACUCGACGGACUAGAAGAGUAUCACCAACACGCAAGGAAAUCCCAACUGUUCUCGAGCGCUGGUCUGAGAACAAUACCAGUUGGGAGAAAGAUUGGAACCAAACGCUUGUGUACCCCGCCACCGGGCGCAACCGAGCCUCGGUCGACAAAGAAGACAUCCUCAGGCUGGACGAGGGCGAAUUUCUCAACGACAACUUGAUCAGCUUUUAUAUGCGAUAUCUUCAAACUAAAAUGGAGCGACAACGACCAGAGCUGCUCAGUCGAGUGCAUAUCUUCAGCACGUUCUUCUUUGAGAAGCUGACCUCGCGUAAGGGCGGCAUCAAUUACGAUGGUGUGAAGAGUUGGACCUCCAAACUGGAUUUGUUUUCUUACGACUAUAUCGUGGUGCCGGUUAAUGAGAAUGCGCAUUGGUAUCUGGCAGUUAUAUGCAACACUCCGAAGCUGCUAGAGCCGGCAGAGCAUGAUUCAUCGCCUGCUCGUCUCUCGACAGAGGCCUCGGUUCUGCCGAGGCCAGAAUCCCCGAUCAUGACAAAGGUGGAGCGAGAGAUGUCCGAUAUAUCGCUGGAAGAGACCACUGCAACACGGCGCUCCUCUAGAAAGCUCUCGCAUUCCAGACUACUCUCGUCUGGCCUAGUAUCGUCUCCCGCGAAAACGGGUCCAGCAACAAGUUCUACCGCAACAGCAGUGCAGGGCCCCCGUGCGCCAUCUAGGCGCUCAGAUGCCUCCCAGGCCCGCAUUAUUACACUUGAUUCGCUGGGAUCAACUCAUUCUCCAACCUGCAAGGCGCUCAAGGAGUAUCUUGUUGAAGAAGCUAGAGACAAGAAGCAUAUUGACUUGGUGGACUUGCCUGGCGGCAUGAAAGCCCGCGGUAUACCGGAACAAACCAACUUUUGUGACUGCGGAAUCUUCGUCUUGGGCUACAUGGAAGAGUUUCUCAAGGACCCGGAUGACUUGGUGCGCAGGAUUUUGAGUAAAGAUAAGGUUGACUGGUUUAUUGACGCAGCGAGACUGCGCAAAAAAGUUCGCAACAUUCUGUUUAAGUUGCAGCGUGAACAGACUGAGCGCCUCGCACAGGAACGGGAGGCCAAACGACACAAGAAACGGACGAGCAAGUCUCCGAUAAGUAGUACAUCGGGAACGGUCAGCAAGGCCUCGCCCAGACGCCUCAGCACCAGCAAAGGAGCUGAGCCUUCUACUCCGCGCUCACCACAGCAGAUACUGCCCGUCACGUCUCCAGCCACAUGCAGGAGCGUAACACCACCUGCCGUAGCGACUCGCGGUACCCCCGGAGCCACACGCGCCAUCACUGCCGACAACGGAAUCGUUGCCAUUGUUGGGACGCCGCAGUCCGCGCAUACAAUGGAUCCUUCCACGCAACAGUCAUCCCCGAGGCCGUCGAACCCACAGCAGGUAAAACUGCUGCCUGACUCGCCACCUCCAUCUUCAAGCCUCGAUGAGACAAACACCAACGACACACAGGACUCGGUACAGCUUCUCUCCGUGGCGAGAAAGCUGCAGACGCCACAGACUUGUCAAACCAAGACUACAUCAUUAUACCCUGCAUCACAUUCUUAG